AUGGCAGAAGAAAAGAAUCAACUUUCUCAAGUCUCACAACAGAAAUAUUCUAGAUAUAGAUCUGUAAGACCUUUACCAUCAAAUACCGAUCUCAAUACCCCCAAACAGGAUGUCCAACAAAAUCAAAGUACCUCCUUAUCAAGGACCAAAAGUAUGUCCAGAUAUCGACGACCGAAGUUGGCCCUUAAAUCCGAAGAUUCGCCCGUUGUGCCCUCAGUACCAGAAUCGCAUGGCCCAUCCAGUCCCCCAAAUUCCACUGCGAGAGUUCUAACGACAAGGCGAACCAGUGAUCCAGUUGAUUCUGCGACUGGCCUACCAUCAAACUAUGCGAAUACUAGACGCCCCAUCCCAAAGCGAUCGCAAACACAUUUGGGUGCGACGGGACAAUCACAGGACUACAAUGAGCGACAAGAGAGUUAUGACUUGAAUUACAGUAGUGAUAAUGGCACAAAUCAACACAAAAUCCUCUCUCCUUCGCAUUCCCCUCCACCACUUUCACUUCCUGUUCAGUUGAGCGAUGAGGAGACGGAGAAGAUCUUGGCAGAGCAAAAGCGCAAGGAUUUGGCACGAUUGGAAGCAACAUUGGAUGCAGCCGCAAAUGAUGCGGUCAAAAGCCCCCCUCAAAAAUUCGGAUUCUUCAGCAGUAAAAGACGUGCUACUACUACUACUACUACUACUACAACCAAUCCUAUCCCACCUGCUCCAUUGAGCAAUAUUGCAUCAAUACAGCGCGCAAUCGCUGAUGGACCACCCAGAAUUGAAGCGCCAGUUAUAAAUCCUAUUGGUAUUCAACAGGGUGGGGGAGGGGUAGUGCCGCAAACUGAUGCCCCAAUCUCAGCAUCAAAUGCGCCAGAGAGGAGAGUUUUGAUUCGUUGCAAACAGUCAUCAAUCAACCUACCUGUCGAUGCAGAUACGACGCCUAUUGAUAUUAUGAAUUCCGCUGCAAACAUCAUGUCGGCUGAUAUCAAUCCACGUACAGCUGUAUUACUGGAAUCAUAUACAACCCUUGGUCUAGAGCGUAAAAUUCGUCGCUACGAACAUAUUAGAGAUAUAAUGAAUUCUUGGGACAGAGAUACACAAAAUGCUCUUAUUGUGGAGGCCUCCGAUCUUUCUGGUUACAAUGAAGAUCUAGAAGCGUCAUCUGUACCCAAUGAUGCACCUCCAGAUGUUACCGUGCAGCUUUAUCAUUCCCAAAAACCCGGUAAAUGGAAUAAACGCUACAUUACGCUACUUUCUUCUGGUCAAAUAUUUGUUUCCAAAAAGUCGGGAAUGGGUCUGAAUGAUAAAGACUCAAUGAACAUUUGUCACUUGUCUGAUUUCGAUAUUUACACUCCAACAGCACAACACAUUAGGAAAACUCUUAAACCUCCUAGGAAGAAUUGCUAUGCUAUUAAGAGUCAACAAAAAACCUCAAUGUUUUUGAGUACGGAGAAUUUCGUGCAUUUUUUCUGUACUGAUGAUCAAAUUGCGGCAAAUGCAUGGUACUCGGCUGUUCAAAAAUGGAGAAGUUGGUUUUUGGUGAACAAGAAGGGUGAAGGUCAGAAAAAAGCUACAAAGGCUGUGAAAGCGAUGAAAGCAAGGAUCCCAUCAAAGUCUGGAACUGGAGUCAGAGGUGCCCAAACACAUAGAAUAAACGUUUCAGUGGAUGAAGAUCCAUAUAUGAUUGGAUCAUUCAAACCCUUACUUGACAUGGAUCGUUUCGACAGAUCAGAAGCAGAUGAUUCCACAACCGAGGAUGAGAAACCCAAGCAAGUUCCUUUCCACUUACGAAAUACAUCUAUAGUAGCACCACUCCCUCGGCCCGCGAAAAAUGGACCACCGGUAGCUUACCGAGCACCACCUCAAGAAGAUGAAUUUGCAUCGGGUGGAUUGUUAGGAAGAACAUAUUCCGUUCGACAGAAAGCGCAACAGGAGCGGGAGAAUAGCCUCAAAAAUGGGUCUUUCACAGAUGGAUCGACACUCCUAAAUGGCAACGCUCAAUCCCGAAGCCUUUCCAUGCCUGCAAAAUCCAAACGUCCUGAAACUGCCAAUGCUGCUAAUACCAGUCUCCAACGCAGUCCAAGUAGUAAAAAGCCUAAACCCCUACUGGAUUUCACACCGCAAUUUGAGGAGGCUCCUCAGUGGAAUAGAAAGGGAAAGGGACAUGGUGUAACGGCUCCUACUGGAUUGUUAUUAGUUGAGGCGGCUAAUACACCGGAUACGGGAUUAAUUGAAAUUCCGAAAGCGAAUAUGGUGUUUAGGAGAGAUACGACUAGUCAGAGACCAAGGACAAGUGCGAAUGGAAGGGAUAGAGAUCAUUCGGGAAGUAGAGAUCCGUUUGUUAGAGGAGGGUUGGUUAGUGGAGGUGGAAGUGGAGGUGGAAGGAGCGGAGGACGUGGUUCAUUGACGAAUAGUGGGAAGGAUAGAGGAAGGAUGGGAUAUGAGUGA